AUGUCGACCAAUACUUCAGCGUUAGGAACAAGUAAUUCAAGUACGGGUCAUCUUUUCUUCCCCAGGAACCUGGCAGCGCCGCGGCCCGCUAGCAUCACAGGCAACACUUCCCUGGAGACGGUGACGACGCUUCACAAGGAGAGCUGCCACCGGCUGGAGUACCUCGUCGAGCGGCAGAAGCAGCUCUGCACGCUCUCCGAUAAGAUGAUACAGGUCCUCCAGACAGGCGCGCAGCAGGCGGUGGAGGAGUGCCAGCAUCAGUUCCGCCACAGCCGGUGGAACUGCAGCACCGUGGAGAACGCCACCGACAUAUUCGGCGGAGUGCUCAAAUACAAGUCGCGCGAGUCCGCGUUUGUACACGCGCUGUCCUCGGCCGCGCUCGCCCACGCCGUGGCGCGCGCGUGCAGCCGCGGUGAGCUCAACGACUGCUCGUGCGACUCCCGGGUGCGCAAGCGCACGCCGCGGCACUGGCAGUGGGGCGGCUGCUCAGAGGACAUAAGAUACGGUGAGAUGUACAGCCGUGACUUCGUGGACUCUCGGGAAGACCGGAGCACCGACGAGGGCCUCAUGAACCUGCACAACAACGAGGCGGGGCGCAGGGCGGUGCGCGGGCGCAUGCAGCGCGUGUGCAAGUGUCACGGCAUGUCGGGGUCGUGCUCGGUGCGCGUGUGCUGGCGGCGGCUGCCGGCGCUGCGCUCGGUGGCCGACGCGCUGCUCACGCGCUACGACGGCGCCUCGCACGUCAAGCUCACGCAGGUGGUGGACCGCAAGAAAGGAAAGAACAUGCGCAAGCUGCGGCCUUUGCAGCCAGACAUGAAGAAACCGAACAAGACCGACCUCGUGUACCUCGAGGACUCGCCCGACUACUGCGAGCCUAAUGACGAGCUUGGCAUCCUGGGCACACGAGGCCGAACCUGCAACAGGACAUCAGCAGGACUCGACGGCUGCAGACUCCUUUGCUGCGGGCGAGGGUACCAGACCAGGGUCCGGGACCACGAGGAGAAGUGCCGCUGCAGGUUCGUCUGGUGCUGUCGAGUCCACUGCGAACUCUGCCGGUAUAAACGAGACCACCACGUCUGCAAUUAGAGGUAGACUCUAUUACAAUGUCGUAAGAGCUAGAUUGCGUCAGCUAUCAUAAUCCAAACUGUGGAAUUGAAACUAGACUAUCGGUUGUAACGAACGAGCAAGUAAUGAUUUAAUAAUAAAAUUAUAAGAUUGAUGAGAGUUUAUUUGUGAUUUACGAUUUUGAUUCGAAUGAUUAAUUACGUGUGCAAUUAAAUCGAUAACGAAUUUGUAAUUCGAACGAAUCGAUCUCUAUCGAUUAUACUGGCUUGUGUCAAUUUCUGAAUUCAUAAUCGGAAUAUAAAUUUCGUUAAAUUCCAUUUUUAAAAGCAGUUGAUGUUUCAUGUAUUGUUUGCCAGUAACAAUAUAGAAAAGUUUUUUAACUAUUUUAAAUUUGGAAUAUUCCAGGUAAAACGCACGUUAAGAAUUGAUACGUCUAAUUUAUUAUUCUCUAUGCUAUCCUAACUUUAUAAAACAUAGUUUAGGAGCGAUCUUCAAAGAAUAAUCUAGAAUAAUGUAGGUUCUAAAGGCUUAAUACAUUUCCUUUGUAAAUUCAAGAAUCUUUGCUGUAACAGAAGAUCUAGAUAUAAGUAUAAACAAGAGAAUGGAAUUGUUAUUAAUUUCUGAUUAUGAUCGUCAGAUACUCAUAAGAAUGAUUUAAUGUAGCCUAUUUCGUUACUAAAAUAGAAACUACAGAAUUUGAUUUUAUAAAAAUAUUUUUCGAAAAUAGAACUUUUUUGAAAAAAAUAUCUUUAAAAACCUACUAAUGUUAGAUAUUAAAUUGUUUUUGCAAUUUUUGUUGAAACCAUUGAAAAAUGAUAAUUGACUGAAUAUUUUUUUAAACUUUAGUUUUUAUAGUUUUUUGGAAUGUAAGCUUUAAAUUUAUUUACAGUAUUACUAACUUAUUAUAAUUUACGCGUUUCAUGUACAAAAAUGUAAAUAUCGCUUUUGUUAAGUAGGUUAAGAAGUUAUUGAUUUAAGGCGAAAUUUUAUUUUCUCCCUUUUUAUUUAAUUUUAUUGGGAUGGGCAAAGUUACCUGUUCAUGAAGAUUUCUUUGCUCGUGAGUAGAUUUCUUCGAUAAACGAAAACAAGCUUUAUUGAUACUAGGAAAUAAAGCCUCUUUUUAUAUAAUCCUAAAAAUAAUGAAUAUUUAGACACUGGCACUUGUUAGAUUUAUUCAUUAACUGAUUUACACUAUGGUAUUCAAAUCUUAUUAAUAAUAUUUUUAUCCUUUUUUUUUGUUGUGGUAACAUCCCCCACUUUGCCCCUCCCAUCACGUUGUGUACUUAAUGCACAAUUUAAUUUUCUACCUCAUGAGGCAAAAAUUUCGUUCAAACUUGUUUUUUAGCCAUAAGUACAUUAAGACGUUGUAAAUAUUGCAUCGUUCAUCUAAGUUAGCAAUAUUAACUUAUUAUAGUGGAUAUCGAAUUAUAUAUAAAAUGUUUUUUGUACGUCCAUAUUUAUGGGGACCCCAAACGGCUUUACUGGUGGUGGGAUAUAGUUAUAUCCGCGCUGAUAGCGACUACCCGGUGUUAAAACCCAACCCCGCCAUAGUGACCCACGUAAGUGUCGCGUUUUGGGUUCAGCCUGUGUAUAUCCGGUUCCAACAGGCCGGCAUUAUUGUGUCGACUGUUGAGGGUAAUCAUCUCUCGUCAGUCGACAUUCUAUUGGACCCUAUUCGACUUACCAUUAAGUGCAGUGGGAUCAAUUUACUACGUACGUAUAAAAAAGCGUACAUUUAUGACUAAGCGACAUAUUCUGUUCUCCUAUUGUGUCCGCUUUGUGUUUUAAAUAUGUUUUAAAAGAGAAUUAUUAACCAAUAAAACAACAGGGGGAGUGUCUAGAUCGCAGGCACGGAUGAAGGGCGGUGUUUUUUUAUUGGAUGCACUGAGCGUCCAUUGUAUUUGGCAAGUUCAUGCUGAUUUUAGAUCAAAAGAAAGUCAUUGUUAAUAUAAUGAAAAUAUCGAAGAGUAAGUAACGAUGAAGGAAAACAUCGUGAGGAAAUCUACAUACCUGAGACGUUCUCUAUAGGAAUUUCGAGGGUGUGUGAAGUCUACCAGUCCGCACUAGGCCAGCGUGGUGGACUAAGGCCUAAUCCCUCUCAGUAGCAGAGGAGGCCCGUGCCCAACAGUAGGACAGUAUAUAACACAGAGCUGAUAUUAUAUUAUAUCGAAGAGUAAAAAUAAAAUUAAAAUUAAUUUUAACGAAUCUUUUACAGUUGCCUUGCUCAUUCAGGACAUUGGGGUUCCCUUUUGCGACGCAUACAUGGGGUCCCCUUAAAGUAAAAUACGUAUUACUCUGUAAAUCUCAUGAUUCGAUAUCUAUUUAUUAGAUUGUGAUGCUUUAGAGUUGUAGCUUUUCUCGGUCAUUCAAAAUGUAUUUGUAUCCGUUGUAAAUACCUUAAUGUAUUAUAUUUAGUUACGUCUGUUUAUUAUAAUAUCGGGCGAUACAUCUUUUGGAAGGCUGGUUCUAUACUGCUAUGUUUUGGAGACCUAGACUCCUCCCUAGAUCUAGGAUCCUACCUAAGGAUAAGAUCUUAGUUACCUUUAUAUUGUACUAGUUGCGACUUUGUUCACGCGAGAAUACUGCCAUCAAAAGUAGCAUUUUAUUUCAUGUAAAGUAUAUGAAACUUAAUUAGAACAGUUGCAAGUAAUUGUUUAUAAUUUCUAAUAAUCCUUGUUCUUUAUGAUAGUAUACCCCUCCCAAAAGUCGUGUCACCCGAUGCGUAAACUUGCCAAUUUUCUACGUGUUAAUAUUGCGAAUUGUAUUUGUAUUAGAAUAAGAAUGUAAGCUGUUACCAACGCGCCCUUAACUUAAAAACCUCUAAAGAAAGCCAGAUAUUUCUUUGAUAACGAACCUAUCAAAUUAAUAACGAUUAUUAUUAGGUUUAAUUGAGUACUUUUCGUAGCUACAUGGUUUAAACUAUGCGUUACAGUUGUAAGUUUUACAUACGUGAGUUGUUACUUACGUAAGUUACUAUAGUAGCUAACAUUGUAAACUGUUUACUUAUAUAAGUUUAUUUUUCGCGACUUGCAAACUAUUCGUUUUCUGCGGAGGAAGGCAGAAAUUAAUAAUAGAGUUAUGUGUAUAAUAAUAGGGCUGUAAUAAAUGCAACUCAGUUGCGCUCUGAAGUGAAAUAACGACUGGGAGACUCUCAAGUAGCGGUUAGCAUCUUAAAUUGUCGCUUCUUAAUAAACCCAUAUUAAUAUCGGCUUAAAUUAUAUCUCAAGUCACUAUAUGUGACGGAUUUUAAAAGCCGUGUUUUAUAUAUUAAACUAAAAACAAGCUCUUUAAUCGAAACUUAAGUUUUGUUGAUUAAAUAAUUUAUUUAAUAAAUAAAUAUUCAUAUAUAUAUCAAAUGUUUAUUUGAAAUUUUACUCAAAAGUAAGAUUGAUUUAUUAACACGGUCCUUAGUUUUGAUGUUAAACACUGUUUCUAUGAAAUAGUAGUUCACGCACAACUUACGUAAGUAACUUAUGUAGUUGAAACUUACAUACGUAACGCCUACCUCAUUGCGUAACUAUUUGUAGAUCGUACAUAGUUACGUAUUUUUAAAGAAAAAUUAACAGACCCUAAAAAGGAUUACAUUUUGAGUUUGUACGUUUUUUUUUUAUAAAGUAACAUUUUUGUUGGCAAGUUUAAGUGAGUUAAGUUAAGGGAGUGCUGGACUCUAAUCUAGAUAUCACCAAAUUAUUCUUUAUGUACUUAAUACGGACGAAGUGUAAUAUAUUUGGUUUUAGACUGGACGUGAUGCUACUCAGAUGCCUUUACCGUUAAGUGAUGGCUCAUAUGCGAGAAUUUGAGGUGUUUUGUCUAUUUUAGCCGCCAAGCAGGAUUAUGUCUGUAGUUUAAGAGCAUUAUAGAAAAGCCAAAUACGUUUGAACGAUGUAUCCUAACAGCAAAAA